AUGGGCCUCUUCUCCAGACGAGACCGGGCACCGAAGGCGGAGAGCAUCCCGCCAGCACCUCUCUCCAGUUCCCAUUCAAAAUCGUCUCUCACAUCAGGAUCCUCAAGCAUCAUCACUCCUAUCAACACAAGUUCCCGCAUUUUGCACCGCACGUCUGCCGGCACCACAAGCACAGGCGGUUCCGGUACCCCGCUCACCCCAUUCUCUCCCGGCCCAACGUACAAUAUCACGAUGCCGAAGUCGCCUGAUCCGCAACUGGACCCAGCUGGGUACCUGCGCAGCUUGGGUGCUGUGCGGGAACGAUCCAGAAUUGUGACGGAAAAGGCGACAAGGAACGAUCUGAACCAUUUCGAUGUGGACAUGCAAAAGUUUCCUGAUGUCGUAUCAUUCGUUGCGAACAUCAUCAAGCGUGACUAUGAUGCCCCCUUCACGACGAUCCCCGGCCACGGCCGGUACCAACAUUUCGGUGUAGGUGGGCGCGACCGAAUUGCCCACCUCCUAGCCACGUUUCCCGAGCAUAUAGACAACACGGAGAAGUGCAAGCGCCUAAUCGAUCUUUUCCUGGUCAGCGUGCUGCUCGACGCGGGCGCCGGGACGGAAUGGAGCUACAAGAGCCCUGAGAACGGGAGGGUGUACAGGCGGUCAGAGGGCAUCGCCGUUGCCACCUUGGACAUGUUCAAAACGGGCCUCUUCUCCGGCACGGACAAUAAGUAUCAAGUGGACAGGGAGGGUCUGCGGCAGUUAACCGUCGAGAGGCUCGCUCAGGGGUUGCAAUCGAAGCCUGGAAACGAGAUGGCUGGUGUUGAAGGCCGUGCCCAUCUCCUCAUCCGCCUCGGGAGAGCGCUGGAGAACAAGGAAUUUUUUGGCGACGACGGCCGGCCAGGAAAUAUGCUUGAUCACAUCCUCUCACACCCAUCGACACAAGCCUCGAGUUCGAUCAUUGUUCCGAUGCCAGUGCUCUGGAAUGUUCUCACCAACGGCCUCGACCCAAUUUGGCCACCAUCCCGGACGGCUAUCGACGGCAUCUCCCUUGGCGACGCGUGGCCCUGCAGUUCGAUGCCACAACCCGACGAGGCAGAGGCUUGGGAGAGCAUUCUUCCGUUCCAUAAGCUUACCCAGUGGCUCACGUACUCUCUCAUGCAACCGAUGCAGAGUCUCAUGAAGAUUCAAUUUGCAGGGCAGGAACUGCUCACUGGCUUGCCCGAGUACCGGAACGGCGGUCUGUUUGUGGACCUUGGCGUCCUGACGCUUAAGGCCGAAGACCAAGAGCGCGGCCUGCGCCAUUACACGGAGUAUUCUCAGCGAACGGGCACUGGGGGGGUUGAGGUAGCCCCUAUGUUUGAACCUGGCGAUGAUGUGAUUGUGGAAUGGCGUGGCGUCACGGUGGGCUUCUUGGACAUCCUAACCACGGAGGUCAACAAAGCGCUCAGAAAUGAGCUGGCUGGGAAUGAACUCAGUCUGGCGCAGGUGCUAGAGGCGGGGAGCUGGAAGGGAGGCAGAGAAAUUGCCGAGGUCAGCCGACCUAAUACGAAGGAGCCACCGAUUCUCAUUGACAGCGAUGGAACCGUGUUUUAA